AUCAGUUUCUUACAAAAACUCAACGAGUAAAGUCUUCUUAUUUGGGAUUUUACAGAAUGCGAUCGCCUUUUCUUCUUUUAGUCCGCAGAGAAACGUCGAGCUGCGCAGUUGUGAGCUGGGCGUUGGAACUUUAUAUUUUAUUUACACAUAUGUAUAUAUGCAUAUGUACUUAGAUCGAGUGUAACUGUUAAAAAGCAUGGCCGGCCACCCUAGUGAAUUUAACGUGAAAGCGAUCCUACAGAACAGUUGUUAUUUAUAAUUCCACCAACCGAAGAGUGUCAUGGACGCUGAAAGUGAUAGCGAUGUGGAGAUCAUAGAGACGGAACUCAUGAACCAUCAUCACCACCAUCGCCAGACGGAACCAAAGAGGCAUCCCGCAAAGAUGUACCCGCAAAUUCCAUCCGCCAUACCCUCCCCACCAUUUUCACCCACUGAUCCUACGGAUAUGCCGCUGGUCAAGGAGAUUCUGGCUCGCAGUGAACAUAUAAAUGUUCCCGAAGGAACCGUGCUCUGUGUUCCGUGCUACCUGUGCAAACAGCCCUUCAAUGAUAUUGAAUCCUUCAAGGAGCACCUCACCCAACAUGCGGCGGAAAUUAACGCCUGGAAUAACACGCGUGCGCAGGAGCAGACACCUCCGCCGACGAUAACACCCUUUGUUCAGUCCAUGAAUAAACCAUUCGUGCAUCCCACAGAUCAGCACUUAUUUCAUUCCAUUGAUCAUGGUGACAUGGAUCACCAUCACAAUGCCCACUACCGCAAUCGGAUGGAGUUUGGCUGUCCGCCACCCAUGGAUUUUUACUCACCGCCGCUCGAACCAGAAAUUCCAUUUCAAAUGCCUGCGGUUCAUCAACAUCCGAUUCAGAUACCACCCAUGUAUAUGACCGCUCAGCAUACGGCUUAUGAGCCACCAGUGCAGUUUUUAGGUCAUCGGCCACUCGAACUGCGCCAAAAACUUCCAAUGUCACCGCAAUCUCCUCUGGAGCCUUCUGGUCAUCCAAUGGCAAGCGCGAUUCCAAGUAACCAACAUACUUCGCUUGAAAUGCAAAACCUUUGUGUGCCGGAAGGAAUUCUCACAAGGGUGGAGGAACCACCGGUCUUGGAAAAUCCCCGACCCCAAGCACAAGAUCCGAUUCAGGAUGCGGGUGCAGGGAAGUCCCGAUCGGCGGUUCUGAUCGAACCCAAGCCCCCAAAUGCCAAAUCCUUGGCUUUCAAUCAAGGUCAGUUCGAGUGCAAUUGGUGCGGAAAGCGAUUGAGCUCCCGCCAGUCGCUGAAAUACCACGAGAGCCACUUCCACGGGAAUAAAGAGCUGGCUGUGAAUCGGUUAGAGAAGAAUUUGACCAAGCAGCAUAAGUGCCUCACAUGCAAGAAACGCUACAAGCGGCGGACCUUCCUCCUGAUGCACAUGAAGGUCAAACACGGGAUUGCUUUCCCGGGCAGAGUAAAUGCUGAUCCCGAAUAUCCAAAAUCUGUAGAUUCGCCUGUAUCCGCGAAGGUUCCUGUCUCCCCAAUGUCGUCGCCGAACGAGGCACCGAAAAAGGAGAUAUGGAGCACACGAAUAUUCAACGCUGUGGCGGCAGCAAAGUAUCAACCGGCCAGCGAGCGGGCGGACAAGUAUCUGGUUGCGCCACGUCAGCAAACCGAGCAGUUGGAAUCGGGUUUUACGAUCACGUCCAAACGGACAUAUCCACUUCGUUCGCCCUACUUCAAUCCGGAUCUAUGGCUGGACUGCGAUUCAUACUUAUAGGUUGAACUUGGCUGGAUUUUAAGAAGCUUGGGGUAUCAAAUAUUCGAGCUAAUAAGAUAGCCAAUAGCGCCCUUGUUAUUUUUACUUAUAAAAUAUCACUUCGUUUCAUGGAGCUUCUGACUAUGUACGAUGUACAUACAUAAUAGCAUGGAUACAUAUCGCACUCGCAAGCGAUUUAUUCUGUAGCCUCAGCACUUUGGAUCUGGAUCUCGACGUCGAAGUCCCAAAGCCCCAAACUUCUUGUCAUAAUAAAGAAACUAAAAACGCUGAGCAUUGCAAUACAUUUUAAGCACUCGGACGCUCAAAUUCGUCCGUUUCUGUCAUAAGUUUUGUACAUAAAAUGGAAAUAAAGAAACGCCCAAGCAAAACCC